UUCAAUAUCAACAAAGAGAUUCUUUCUCUAAUGGCAACCAUGGUUAAGCUCUCUAUCUCUCUCCUCCUCCUUACACUUAUCACUAAAGGUGUUUGUGAUUGUGGUUUGAACAAUAUAACAAUUGGAACAAUUAGGAGUGGAAGAGAAACAAAGGGAAAGGCAGAGUGGAAUGUGGUUGUGGUGAACAAUUGUGACUGUCCCAUGCAAAAGAUGGUCUUGUCUUGCAAUGGUUUUCAGACAACUGAACCAGUGGAUCCAACAAUUUUCAAGCCUACAGGAGACAACAAAUGUAGUAUCAACAAUGGUGGUUCCAUACCAGGAAAGAAUGCUGUCAAGUUUUCUUACGCUUGGGAUCCUCCUUUUUUUCUUAGGCCAACUUCUGUUACAGCUUCCUGCUGAAACUAUAAUUCAACAUUUAUCAAUUUGCUUCUGAUUAUUCAUUUAAUACACAAAUCACUAUGUGUGAUGUAGAGGCAGAUUUUUUAG